GGUAAUACCGUACGUACAUGAGGCAUUUCGAGCUAAUAUCCAAUGGUUAUAAUAUGGCCAUCAAUGUUAUCCAGAUAAACCAAUCACACGCCUCGGUGAUGACGAACAUUUAAGACUGCAUUUGCCAAGACGCGACUAACACCUCAAGUUAGGAAGCGUUCUAGACGCGAAUACCAGGUACCUUAGGUUAGGAGGUACUCUUAGCCUUUUUUUUUGCUUUAUAAUCGAGGUACCUAAACCUAAACCUAUAGGCUAUACCCCCGGUUGCGGUGAAUCAAGAGAUAAAGUUGAAUGUACAACAAACACACGAUAUCUUGGCUCAUCGACCCACAUGAAGACCCUGAAAAUCCCUUAGAUUGAUGUUCCCACCAGAGCAGAAUUUACCAGAAUUUACACACGAAUUUAAAUCAAAAUCGGCUAUCCAUUUAUUACGUUAAUAAUAUAAUAUAUAGCCGACGUGGGAUCUCCUGCGAUGGAUCCUCUCGUCGCCUCUGAGCUCGCUAAGAGCACUGAUGGCAUUCCCUUCCGCGCCAAGGAAAAUCAUGUUCACAGUACUUGGGCAAAGACUUUCCUGUCGCGGCCGGAACUCUACUUCCAACCCGAGACGCUUCCCGAGAUUGAGAAGAUCGUGAGACUUGCGCACAAAUGCCGUCGUCGCAUCACCACUACCGGUUGUGGCCAUUCCCCGAGCUCGCUAACCUGCACUUCGUCAUGGCUGGUAAAUCUCGACAAGUAUAGUCGUAUAUUGUCUGUAGAUACGGAUACCGGCGUCGUGGUCAUGCAGUCCGGCAUACGAUUAUAUGCGCUUUGCGAAGAGCUUGAGAAGUAUGGCCUUGCCAUGCCGAACCUUGGCAGCAUUAACCAGCAGUCCAUCGCCGGUGCCAUUUCUACAGGUACUCAUGGGUCGAGUCUCAAGCACGGCUUGAUGUCUGAAGACAUCCUCUCUUUACGUGUAACGGUUGCAGACGGCACCACUAGGUUUUGCUCUUCGGAGGAUGACCCCGAGUUGUUUCGGGCAUCCCUCCUUUCUUUAGGCGCACUUGGUAUUAUAACCGAAGUCACCUUCCGAGCCGUACCUGAAUUCACGCUGCGGUGGAAGCAGGUUAUUGAUACCGAUCUUAAGAUGCUUAAUGCGUGGGAAGAGGAUCUCUGGACACAAACCGAAUUCGUCCGAGUUUGGUGGUAUCCUUAUACUCGACGUGCUGUGGUAUGGACUGCGGAGAAGACAGAUGAGCCGCUGAUAGAUCCGAAAGUAUCGUACUAUGAUAACACUUUCGGCUACUACGUCUACCACAACUUGCUCUACGUCUCGCAGUUUUUCCCCAGGGUUCUCCCAUGGGUCGAGUGGUUUGUUUUCGGCAUGCAGUACGGCUUCCGGAACGGCACAACCAGCGGUGCCGUCCAACCGAGCCGUAAGGCACUGUUGAUGAACUGCCUAUAUUCGCAGUUUGUAAAUGAGUGGGCCAUCCCUCUUCAUAAGGGUCCCGAGGCCCUUCGACGGCUAAGCAGCUGGCUCAAUCAACUCCCCCCUUCAGAUCCCGACUACGUACCCCACAACAUCCCUUUCUCAGCCAAGGGACUCUACGUGCACGCACCCGUCGAAGUGCGAGUGUCAAAUACAUCGCCCUCUAACCCGAAGUCCUUGAUUCCAAACAGCAGGCCGUACCUCGACCCGACUAUUGAGGACAGUCCAACGCUCUAUCUCAAUGCCACUCUCUAUAGGCCAUACUACAGCGAUCCGCCGUGCCAGGCUCGCUACUACGAGGCUUUCGAGUGGCUGAUGCGAGAUCUAGGUGGGCGACCACACUGGGCGAAGAACUUCGAGACAGACGGUGCGGACAUCGAAAGCAUGUACGGAAGCAACCUGAGUCAAUGGCGAAAGGUUAGGGAAAGAGUAGACCCGGACGGCCUGUUUGCCGGCGCAUGGCAUCGGCGAUUUGUGCUCGGGAAUGGACCCCUUCUCCCGCUCGAAGAGGCGGAAAUUAAACGGGAGAAGAACCGCGCGGGGGGUGUGAUCUACGAAGGUGUCGUUGGAACUGCCCGGUAGCGAAGGGAUUCCGCUUAUUUAGCUUCAUGCUCUUCGCUUUGUUGCAAGAGCCAAAUACUCGGGUUCAUCAAGAAGAAGCCGCGAAUACAUUUUAUCUUCCGAAGUGUUUCUUUCUAGAACGUCUCUAAAUACUUAGACAAGCCGUUACAACUUAUAUAUACCACGAUCAUCGACGUGAGAACUACUACCAAAGCAACCUAAUAUCUUCCCUAACGGUGGAGGCGCACCCGUCUCUUGUGAUACAGUCUAUUUCAAAAGAGGGAUUGCCGAAACGUAGCGUCCAUAGGUAU